AUGCAUGAAGUUUAUACGGCGGCAAAUAUUAAACAUCAAGAUUGGAGAAAUCAAAUCGUAGACAGCUCAAAAUUCUGCCUCUUUAAGUCAUCGACGAAAGUGAGCUAGAGUUAAUUUGUUCUCGAUUAGAGUUAGGGACAGGAGUACCGUCUUACGUUUUUUAUAGAAAAAUAUAUAUAUCUUGAGACGUAUAUGAAUUUCUUAGCUAUGACAAGCCUCAACGAUGUCUGACCACUGGGGAGCGAGUCGUUAAGUUCUUACAACAAAGGAAAGGGGAUAGUCCUGAUGGUUUUAUCAAAGGUUUCCAAUUUGAGCACAUUGGGGUAUUUUGUGAGGAUCGGUUGCAUUGCAGCACUACUCUUCUAAUGUGGCACACUUCUAGAUUCAACACAUGGAGCGAUAAUGUGCUAUUUUUCUUGUUUUUCUUUGAUAUAAAUAGCACUAAGCCUCCCUUUUUCUCUAAAAAUCUGUCUGAUAAGCAUCAACCACCAGUUGACUAAGCGCCGAAUUGCAUAUUAGAUGUCCAACAUGCCUAACGAGAUGAUAGCUGUCCCUGAUAUAGAGAACACGUUAAUUCAUGAACAACUAAACAAUGAUGCUUCAUCAAGUUGUGUUAAUAGGGGUGUGGUUGAAGAAUAUGUAUCAGGUUGUGGGAUUUUAGCUUACGAGAAACUCGUACACAAGCUAUGGUUUCGUAAUGAAGGGAGGUCUAGGCUAAAACGGAAACGAGAACCCGCAUUAAGGGUAAUAAAGCCUCAUAACGCUUCCAUCUUGCCACCCAUGAAAAGGGAAAAGGUGGAGGGGUCAAACUAUAAAGCGACACCGAUAUCAUUUCUUCCCAAGGAUCUUAUAAAGACAGAAACAGAGCUAUCAGCCGACCACCCCAACGGGUCUGCUACCUCUGAGGAGUCGAAGAAAUCCGAUAGCAUCGUUCAUAAGUACUUCAAUUACUAUCUACCUGAACAACCGCCUGUGUACAACUCCAAGGAAAUUUAUUUCCGUAUGGCAACUUCAGAUGAUCGGAAGCAAUGGUCUAGCUUGGUUGUGGCCUCAUGCCGGGGUAAUAUUGCGGGUAUCGAGAUGCAGCUCACCACAUUAGAAGCUCCAUGCCGCAUCGUCGCGGUGAGGGCGUGCGACAAAGCCCUUGUGGGGCUGGUUGCUAUGCAGACAAAAGGAUGGAUUUCUUUUAUCGCGUGCGAUGUUGACUAUAGACACAAUGGGCUUGGUUCUUUCUUACUUUUCCUGGCCUUGGAGUGGCUACGGGUGCGGCAGGGAACGUCUGCUUCCCUGACGCCGAUCGAUCGCUCCGUAAUGAAUUUUUAUUACAAGUGGGGAUUUCAAGCAUACCCAGCGGAGGGUUCUCGCACCAGACGCCUAAAGAAGAAGCUGGAUCCAUCCAAUAUCGUGAUGGAGCGGAAGAUCGACGCUGAUGUGUGCUUGCUUCCUAAUGGUAGGCCCCUCAAGUAUUAUCUGCAAAACUAUGAUUCGAGUGGUGAGGUACCUAAUACAUCGCCAUGGGCUUAUUACUAUUACUUCCCAAAGCUACAAAAAACGACGCAAUGCUCACUCGACAGCAAAUCCAAGCGUAAUGGCAAACAAAAGACAUUGUCAAGCAAAUAG